CCGGCGUCGGCACCAGCUCAGUGUCAGGCCGACAGCCCAGUGAGAUCAUGAGAGCCCUGCUGCUUUUGUGCGCGGUGAUCGGCGUGUGCGUCUCCGGUGCCUACGGCGCCAGGCGCAGGUUCGGCGCAGGACCUCCGCGGCCGGUCCAGAGGAGGCCAAGCGGCUGGCGGGAGUUCCAGCCCAACGAGCGGCUGGACUUCCAGCCGGAAUUCCGGCGUUCGGCGCCGCGGGAGCAGCUGCGCCUGGCGCCGCAGGAGCCGUUCCGUCUGGCGCCACGGGAGCAGCCGCGCCAGGAGCCGGCGGCGCCCGUCGCUGACGACUGGCCGGUGCGGGGCCCGGUCGUGGAGGAACGCGAGGACCCGGCGCCGGAGCCGCUGCAGCCGCUGGAGCCGCUGGAGCCGCAGCGCUCCGAGUUCGCGCCCGCCUACAGCGAACCGGAGGCGGCCGCCGACAGUGCGCCGGAGCAGUACUCCAUCACGAUACCGGAGAAGACGGAGAAAAACCGGCUGGAGUUCCAGGUGCACGGCCAGCAGGGCCCUCACAGCUACCGCUUCGGCUACGACACCGGCAGCGGGUGAGUAGCAAGGGAGCCGG